AUGUUGCGUUUUCGUCUAGUACUCACACUUUCUGCACAGGGAACCGUCCGGGGUGUUUUCCAAAGCAAAGCCUUUGUUUCUGCCAGCAAAGAGCUUCCAUGCACUCCUGAGGGAAAGAAUCCGUACGACGUUCUUGAAAUUACUGUCACUAACGCAACAAGCCUGGAUGACGUAUCGAAACAGUUUCGAGAACUCGUAGUUCGUAAUCACCCGGACCGACCAGGAGGAUCACACGAGCGAAUGUCUGAAGUAAACGCGGCAUACAAAAUUAUCAAAGAACACCAUGAAAAACUGAUUAAGCGUCUGAGGGAAUGCGAGGCAGAUACAAAGGGAAAUGAGGCUUACCAACGAUACCGACAAACUCGUGCGCGUAGUGACGACGAACUGGGGCGAUCUGGUGGUGUAUUUCGGCGUAACGCAAAGGCUGCUGAACAGGCUUCCGGUUUUAGAAAGGCCCGCUCGCUUCAAGAAAUUGAGUCUGAUUGGAGACAAUUUAAAGAAAAUACGGAGCAAACUAUUACGGGCAUGUGUAAUCGCUACGAACUGGCUGUUGAAAAAGGGCGUUUUUUCCGUAAGACCUCUAUACUUAACGAAAUUACGGUAAGGGAGAGGUGGCUGCGAAAAGGUUUUGUGAAGAACGUUUGGGAAGAGGUGCACGAAAUGAGGGGAGAGCUUCUCCGUCGAGGUGCACGUAGCUCUCAGCAGUCGCAGCUUGCUGAAGAGAUGGUUUCUUUUGCGUCCCUUACGCAAAGGAAGCUGAACGAGGAUUUUCAACGUCUUACUCAAAUGAGUGUCCAGUCACAGUCCCGCUUAUUUAUGCAGCGAAUACUCUUUAUUUUGCUGAUGGUGGUUGUCUUUAUCAAGGUGUGGAAGUGGAUUCUCACAGGAAUGUUUAAGAAUUCACUCACGGUGCGGUUUCGACAGGGAAUCUUGAGCCGCUGA